AUGACCCUGCGCUUAACGUCUGCUCCGGUUGCAGGUAUCCAAAAACGAAAAACGACUAAGACUGCUGCCCGAUCGCGCUCCUCCCCGUUUGCCACCCACCCGCGCCGCAAGCCAAAUGCAUCCAGCGGGGUGAAAACCCCGAAGUGGGAGCCAGACGAGCCUUUGCCCGACCUAGGUGCCACAUCCUAUAUCUCUGAAACCGCGCCUGUACAGGAUGUAGUGCAAGCCAUUCGAUAUGUACGAGAUAGCAUGUUCGAUGAACUCCCUGCCCGGGCGGGGAUGAACAGUACGAGAAUCGCCGAGGUGCUCAACCUGCGCCGGUCGCUGCCCCCAGUAGCAUCGGUGGCCCACGUUCAUACGGUGCUGAACGCGCCGACAAAAGUGGAACGGGAAAUUGUCGAGCUGGUGAAAUCAGGCCGCGUCCGACGGCUUAUAGUCCCCGGGCGCGGCAAUGAUGCGGCGGGACUAGGCGAUUGCUUAGUCCUUGCCGAAGACUGGGAUGGCAUAGUUCGGAGUAGCCCAUCUUUGGCUGAUCCUAUUAAAGGUGCGUUGUAUUUUGAACGAAAGGAGCUGCACAUCUUCCGGGCGGGAAGAGACUUGCUAACCUGA